CAGAACAGCUGAUCGAAAGCCAUGUAGUGAGACACUAAUUUUUGAGUUGGAUUAAAGCCUUUUAAUGUAUGUACUUCGCAUGACGCCAAAUUUUCUUGGAUUCAGAGUUCCUGAAAGUCUAGAGUCUGACAGAAAAGUGACAUUAUUAAUUGUUCUGCAAGGAGGGAGUUCCAGCAAGUUAAUUCAAAACCACCCACUGGUUUUAAUAAAUGGCUGCUAUCAUGGAGGAUUUGGGUUUAGAUAUGGAAGUUCCUGACAACACAAUUGAAUUCGUUGCUGUCAAGGAAGAGAAAAUUGAAGAUAUCAGUGAAGAGAACGACCUUAGAAUAAAAGAAAUCAUCAAGGAUAUUGAUGAAGUGAAUGCUAUCUAUAUCAAGACAGAAUAUGAGGUAAAUACAAGUAAUGAAAGUCCGUUUCAAGAAGAAAUCAACAAUCUGAGGGAAGCAGUUACAAAUGGCUCAGACGUUUUGAUGUGUGAAGAGGAAGAUCCAUUGCUCUUGACAGAGCCGUUUGCUUCCAAGACCAUGCUGUUUGCUUCUGAGGUCUGUGGGGACCUCCGCUCACUAGACCAUAAGAAAGGCAGUAAUGAGGAAAUGCACAAAAAGCUGGAUGCAAAGGAGAAAUACUUUAUUUGUGAGAUCUGUGACAAGAAAUUCACUCGCAGGAGUAAGCUUUUAAUUCACCUUCGAGUACAUACAAGAGAAAAGCCCUAUAGUUGUGAUGUUUGCAACAAAGCCUUCUCUCAAAAACAUCACUUAGUGGAACAUGUGAGAAUCCAUACAAAAGAAAAGCCUUAUACCUGUGAAAUAUGUUCUAAACCUUUCUGUGGGAGAAGCAAUCUUGUGAAACACAUGAGAGUGCAUACAAAGGAGAAGCCAUUUAGUUGUGAUAUGUGCAAUAGAGCUUUCUCUGAGAAAGCUGCUCUGGGGAGACACGUGAGAAUACAUACAAGAGAAAAGCCAUUUAAUUGUGCGAGUUGUAGCAAAUCAUUCUCUGAGAAAGGUAACCUAAUGAAGCACAUGCGAGUGCACACAUAAAAGCCUGAUAACCAUGGGCAGAUGAGAAAAUGUCCCAGAGAGGGACAUUGUUGGUACACAGGGCUUGAUAUCCCUUGCAAGGAGGUGAAAUGGUCUUUUAGAAUCAAAUAACAUUUUACUAUCAACUACAUACAAGUUAAUAGUGUGUGUGUUUGUAGAAGCUUCUGUGAUAAGGAAAAUACCCUUCUGAUUAUCCCUUGUAUGUAUGUUAAUAUAUCCCCAUUGAAUAUAAAAUUUGUUUAUAGUUAUACUUAUGUAUAUAUUUCAGAUAUUUAGGUUGAUAUCUUUGUACUGAAUUAUAAGCUUAAUUGUGGUUGCUUUGGAAACAGUUCCUGUGCAGA